GAGAGAAAACAUAGCUUUAAAGAAGCUAACUCAACCCUCAGGAACAGUUGUUCUCUUUUCUGUUGCACAAUGGCCAGCUGAUAAAGUGUUUGUCAUGUUUUGACUGUGUUGGUCGUUCUUUUUAAAUGAGGUCUUGGUAACACAGUGUGCUUUGACAAUGUUGUCAGAUUGGCAGAAGUUUGUGCUCAUAUUUGCCUUCUGGACUCAACCGGUCUUUAUUCUGGGUGCUGGAAAUACACGCUACAGAUAUUAUCACAGAAACUGCUACACCUGUUUCAAUGGAUAUCAUGGAUACACCACAGGACACCUGGGGCCAGAUAUCGAUGAGUGCCAGGUACACAAUGGAGGCUGCCAGCAUAGAUGCGUGAACACCAGAGCGUCCUACUACUGCGAGUGCAACCCAGGCUUUCGUCUUCACAUUGAUGGACGCACCUGCAUAGCUGCCCUCUCAUGUGCAGUGAAUAAUGGAGGAUGUGAGCAGGAAUGUGUUCAGCUUUCACCCGUUCACAUCCAGUGUCACUGUAGACACGGCUACCAGCUCACAGGCGAUGGCAAGCGUUGCAGACUGAGGAACCCAUGUGCAGAAAGGAAUGGCGGCUGCAUGCAUUCAUGUCACAGUGAUGGCGGUCAGGCAGUGUGUGGCUGUCACCAAGGAUUCACGCUGGCCGCAGAUCAGAAGAGCUGUCAAGAUUUGGACGAGUGUGAAACGGGGCAGGCAGCUUGUGCUCAUAGUUGCCGAAACACCCCGGGAUCUUUCUCCUGUGUCUGCAGUCCGGGAUACGAGCUGGGCUCUGAUGGCAGAAAAUGCUACCGUAUUGAAAUGGAGAUUGUAAACAGUUGUGAGUCUGAUAAUGGAGGCUGCUCACAUCACUGUCAACAUGGCACAGCUGGACCGGUCUGCAGCUGUAAUCAGGGUUAUCAGCUCGCUGAAGACCUCAAAACCUGCUUAGACUUGGAGGAAUGUGAGGAAGAAACAUCGUGUUGUGAGCAGGACUGCACAAACUAUCCCGGAGGUUAUGAGUGCCACUGUAGAGCAGGAUACAGACUCAACUCAGAUGGCUGUGGAUGUGAUGAUGUAGAUGAGUGUCUGUCUGAUAAUGGAGGCUGUGAGCACACCUGUCAGAACACAGCCGGCUCCUAUCACUGCUUCUGUCGAUUUGGAAACCGGCUCGCUGAGGAUAGACACUCCUGUGUGCCUCUGGAGAGAGCGGUCGAGGAGCUGUCCAGUCCAGUGGUGGUUGAAAGACCUCCCAUUCAUUUUACGCUCCUCCAGGACUACCCACAACCCCUAGAACGCUAUAAUGACUAUGAGGAAGACAGCUUUGGGGAACUGCGGGCAGAAAGCACCAUCUCUGAAAAAUUUGUGUGCCUGAAUGGGACAUUUGGCCACGAUUGCAGCUUGACAUGUGACGACUGUUCCAAUGGAGGAUUUUGUAAUGUGGAGAGAAACGGUUGUGAGUGCCCUGAUGGUUGGACAGCGAUAAUUUGUAACCAGACUUGUCCAGAGGGCACAUUUGGCAGAAACUGUUCUUUCACUUGUAAGUGCAAAAAUGGUGGUACCUGCCACCCGGUGAGUGGAAAAUGCCGCUGCCCACCUGGAGUCAGUGGAGACCUGUGCCAGGACGGCUGUCCAAAGGGACUUUAUGGAAAGCAUUGCAACAAGAAAUGUAACUGUGCUAACAAUGGACGCUGUCACCGCACAUAUGGAGCCUGUUUGUGUGAUCCAGGGCUCUACGGCAGGUUCUGUCACUUACCUUGCCCCAAGUGGUCAUAUGGAUCUGGCUGCUCAGCAGAAUGCCAGUGCGUUCAACAAACUACGAUUGAGUGCCAUCGGCGCCAUGGGACCUGCAUGUGUAAGCCUGGCUAUCAGGGAAAGACCUGCAACCGAGAGUGUGAUACUGGUUACUACGGUCCAGGAUGCAAGUCAAAAUGCCAGUGUCCAGCAGGAGUGUCCUGCCAUCACACUACCGGACAAUGCCACCAUCAGUGCCCAGCCGGUCUGCUCGGAGACAACUGUGAGCAAGAGUGUCCUGUGGGACAGUUUGGAGCUGGAUGCUCCCAGUCUUGCCAUUGUAAUGGAGCCCCAUGUGACUCUGUAACCGGACAAUGCCACUGUCCCGCCGGGCAGACAGGAGAACACUGUGAGAAAGACUGUGAAGAGGGUCGAUGGGGUCUGGGUUGCACAGAGCUGUGCCCUGAAUGUGACAAUGGUGGAGUGUGUGACAAACAAAAUGGAUCAUGUGUUUGUUUGCCAGGAUACAUGGGAAAUCUCUGUGAGAAUGUCUGUCCAGCUGGACACUUUGGCCUCGGCUGUCAGUUGCACUGCUACUGUGAGAACGAAGGGCAAUGCCAUCAUGUGACUGGUUUCUGUGCUUGUAAGGAUGGUUGGACAGGGCCCAACUGUGGAAAAGUGUGUGAGGUGGGACGCUGGGGACCGAAGUGUGCCAACCUGUGUGACUGCAGGAGCAAUGCUGGAAGCUGUGACCCUGUCACCGGACAUUGUCAUUGUGAAGCAGGAUAUACAGGACCACGAUGUGAUCAAAAGUGUCCUGAUGGCUUCUAUGGCCAGGGUUGCCAUCACAGAUGCCAGUGUGAAAAUGAUGCAGCUUGUGAGCAUGUGGGCGGAGCCUGUACUUGUUUACCAGGCUGGACUGGAACAUACUGUGAAAAACCCUGUCCUGAAGGUUUUCACGGUCUAGAGUGUCAGCAGAAAUGCCAUUGUUUUAAUGGUGGUAAUUGUCACCCCAUGACCGGAGACUGCCAGUGUCCGUCCGGCUGGGUCGGACCCUUGUGCAACAAUGCAUGUGAAGUUGGCACAUAUGGGCCCGGCUGUAAUCUGACCUGUAACUGCAACAAUAAUGCCACCUGUGACCCUACUGAUGGCCGAUGUGUGUGCAGAGCCGGCUGGAGAGGUCUCAACUGUGAACAAGAAUGCCCAGCUGGUUUUUAUGGUGUUGGCUGCCACCAGCACUGCCUGUGUCAGAAUGGAGGGUCAUGUGACCGAAUCAGUGGGUACUGCACAUGUCAGAGCGGCUGGACUGGAGUUGCUUGUGAACUGGAAUGUGCUCCGGGACACUUUGGAAUUGACUGUCAAAGCAAGUGUGAAUGUGAGAAUGGUGGCGCGUGUGACCGUCGGGAUGGCAGGUGCUCGUGUCUGGCAGGCUGGGUUGGAUCCCGCUGUGAGAGGGCAUGCGAGGUAGGUUUGUAUGGCCCAGGCUGUAAGGAGCGAUGCAGAUGUGAUCAUAAUGCCCCAUGUAACCACAUCACUGGCACCUGCAUGUGUCCAGCAGGCUGGAGAGGACCACACUGCGAGAAAAUCUGUUUACCUGGUUGGUAUGGGAGGCGAUGCUCUCAGCGCUGCCUCUGUUCACGCGGCACUUCAUGUAACCACGUGACCGGGCAGUGUGGCUGCCCACCGGGCUUUUCUGGUAACAGCUGUGAACAAAGGUGUAACCCGGGCACAUUUGGACUUAACUGUAAUCAGGUGUGUCAGUGCUCACAGGUUCAUCAGCUCUGUCACCCUGUCACUGGUGUGUGCUACUGUGCUCCUGGUUACCAUGGUGACAAAUGUGAUGCAGAGUGUGAAGCAGGGCAAUAUGGUCCAAACUGUGAGAGGAAGUGCCAGUGUCUUAAUAACGGUGUGUGCAAGAGCACCACUGGCACCUGUACCUGCCCACCAGGAUACAUUGGACCGAACUGCAAUAUCACUUGUCCAGCAGGGCGGUAUGGUCAAGACUGUGCACGAGUAGCAUUGUGUGACGAAGGAGCCAGAAGUGAUCCGGUCACAGGCAGAUGUGUAUGCAGAGCGGGUCGACAAGGAGAGGACUGUGGUAAAGGCUGCGCUGUGGGUUGGUUUGGCGAGGACUGCGCCCAGCGCUGUAACUGCAGUAAUGGAGGAGUAUGUGAUGCAGUUACAGGGAACUGCUCCUGUGGGUUGGGCUGGACAGGUGAUAGAUGUGAUAAAGAGUGUCCCAGAGGCAGGUAUGGAGCUGGCUGCCAGGAAGUGUGUGACUGUCGAAAUGAUGCCACAUGUGACAGAGUUACAGGGGAGUGUCAUUGUCUUCCUGGAUACUAUGGUCAUCUCUGUGAACAUGCAUGCCCCCUUGGGUUUCAUGGACAUCGUUGUCAGCUUCUUUGCGAUUGCCAUGUCAAUGCACCAUGUGACCAAACCACUGGUCAUUGCAUCUGUCCUCCAGGUUACCAGGGACCUCGCUGCGAGAGAGAGUGUGACCCAGGCAGAUUUGGGUCCAGUUGUGCUCAAAGCUGCGACUGCGACAUAGACUCACCAUGUGACCCCAUCAAUGGCAGGUGUUUGUGUGCACCAGGAAAAACGGGACCUCGUUGUGAUAUAGAUUGUGAAGUAAAUAAGUUUGGCCCAGAUUGCUUGGAAAGAUGCGCAUGUCACAAUGGAGCUCAAUGCAAUCCACGCAACGGACGCUGCACUUGUCUGAAUGGUUGGGUAGGACCAAGCUGCCAAGAAGUGGGGAUCACAAAUAGAUAGAGGUGGACUCCAAAAAAUAAAUAAAUAAAGGCUCAUCAUAUUAUAUCUUACCAGUAUACUAAUAUUACAGUUUCAUACCCAGUUCAGCCUGUAUCUGAUAGUACCUACAGGUAUCUGUUGAUACAACAGAGAUGGAGACAGUAGCUGAUUGAAAACUGACUGGGCUUGAAUUUGUGAGUAGACCUUUGGCUAAAAUUUUAGCCGGUUACUGAAUUUUUGAACACUACAGCGUACAAACAACCAUCAUGACUUAAGCACAGAGUUUUGUGAUGGAUUUGUGUUAAAUGAAUAUAAUUCAACAUUGAAAGCAAUAAGAAGACAAUGUUUUAUAUAAAAGCUCCUCCUGGAUGAGGACAUAUACAGUUUUGUUGUUCUAAGCAUCAGUCCUGCUCAGGGAGAACAAGCUUCCUGUUUAUUUUCGCCUAGACUUAUGUAAGUACAAUGUCAAUUUUUUGUUCAGGGAAGUUUUUUGUUUCAAUUUAAGAUUUGAAAUGCAUCUGUUAAAUGGUAAAUUUGAUCAUUUAUGGUGUACAUUUUGAAAUAAUAUUUUGUCUUCUUUACAAUGAAGGUAGAAUUUGAACACAAUGAGCAGAUGUGUACAGGAACUUUUAAUAUACAUGGUCUCUUUUUCAAGCAUCACACUACAUGAAAUAUUCCCUCUUGUUAAUUUUUUUAAUUAAAGAAUAUGAAACUGGACUCCUUACAUAUACAUGUGUAUAUAUACACCGAUCAGCCAUGACAUUAUGACCACCUGCUUAAUAUUGUGUAGGCCCCCCUUGGACCUGUCGAGGCAUUGCCCACUUUUCCUGCUUCUACUACAUUAACUUUGCGGACAAGUGUAGGUGAUGUGUUAGAAGCAGAAAAAUUGACAAUGUCUCGACGGGUCAAUGCCUCGAUGGGUCAGGGCUGUUUUGCUGGCAAAAGGGGGGUCUACACAAUAUUAGCGUACGGAUUUGAGCGAUUUUGUCAAAUUGUGAUAGUAGCUAGACGACUUGGUUUACAGCAUCUCCAAAACUGCAGUGGCUAGUACCUAUCAAAAGUGGUCCAAGGAAGGAAAAGCGGUCAACUGGCGACAGGGUCAUGGGUGGCCAAGGGUCAUUGAUGCAGGUGGGGAACGAUCGAAGUCUGACCCCUGUGGUCUGAUCUAACAGACGAGCUACAGUAAUGUAGCUAAAAUUACUGAAAUAAGGAAUGCUGGUUCUGAUAGAAAAGUCUAGUGGAGUCCAUGCCUUGACCGGUCAGGGCUGUUUUGGUGGCAGGUGGUCAUCAUGUUAUGGCUGAUUGGUGGUUCAAAUGGUGUACUGUAAAGCAUUUAAUAACUGAGAUUACUUAUAUACUGAACCUAUUUUUUAUUUGCUUUUUAUUGAUUUUGCUGCAGAUUUUUUUUGUACAGUGUUUAUAUAACUAUGCAGUGUAUAGUUUAUAUUUGUUAAGCAUAAUCUGCAUUCCCCGAAUGUAGACUACAACCUUAUAAUGAUACAAAUUUAUGUAACAACAUCAAUGCCGAUAAGUAAGCACUUGAUUACAAUAAAGCUUUUUUUACAGUCAGGUUUUAUAUUUAGUUAAAAAGUAUUUUGUUGUGACUGACAAAGAUAAUGUUUUUAUUGACAUUUUUAUGGAAGCUUUUGAAUCUUUUGAGUGCUAAAAUAGGCAUUGAUUUUUGUAAGAAUUUACAUUGACAACUGACAUUGUGGCAUUCUUUGUGCAUUAUAAAGAUGUUUGUUGUAAAGUAAAAAAAACAGAUUUGCCUUAUUUUGUAGUUUGCACAUUACGAUUUCUGGUUUUCACCAAAAUUGUGUUUUUCUUUGAUGAUUUUAUAUGUAGUGGAUUGUGAAACAU